CCUUUAGAACUACAUUCCCCAUGAUUCCCGGGGCUGUCGCAUGUUGGCGCAUGCGCGUGUCAGCGGUGUCCCAGGGCCGGGUAUCAUGGCGUCGUACGUGGACAUCCUGAAGAGCGAGUUCCCUGAGAUCGAUUCGGAGCUCUUCGACUACAUCACAGGUGUUCUGGACAGCGGGGGGGCGGACUUUGAGGAUGGAGAGGAGGUGUUCGAGGCUGUGGGUGGAGUUCUGCAGGAGGUGUCAGCUGACAGCAAGAACGAGGACGACAUCAGAGAAAUCUGCCUCCAGAUGUUCAACACGCUCAAACUGACCAACUGCCACGGCGCUCAGCAGCAGGUGUUACUGGACGCUCCGGUGCAGCUGUCACAGAUGAGCACCGACACCAACUCUGCUGCUAAAGACAUUCAGGGCAUCUGGAUGAUGAAACGUCCUCAGAACACAACGGUCGACGCAAAGAAGCUGGAGAAAGCUGAGGCCAAGCUGAAGGCCAAGCACGAACGACGCAACGAGAAGGACUCUCAGAAGGCCUCCACUCCACUUGUCCUGGAGGAGGCGUCGGCCAGUCAGGCCAGCAGUAAGAAGGACAACCGAGUCGACCAAUCAGGGAAGAAUCGCAGCUACGACAUCCGCAUCGAGAACUUUGACGUGUCCUUCGGAGAGAGGUGUCUGCUGCAGGGGGCGGAGCUCUCCCUGGCAUCAGGCCGGCGUUACGGUCUGAUUGGUCGAAACGGUCUGGGGAAGACGACGUUGCUGAAGAUGUUGGCCAGUCGUAACCUGCGUGUCCCCGCCCACAUCUCCAUUCUGCACGUGGAACAGGAAGUGGCUGGAGACGAGACGCCGGCGUUGCAGAGCGUCCUACAGAGCGACACGACCAGGGAGGAGCUACUGUCGGAGGAACGGCGGCUGAACGCUCGUAUCGCCAAUGGAACAGCCGACGGAAUGGAGAGCGUCCGCCUGUCGGAGAUCUACGUGAAGCUGGAGGAGAUCGAGGCCGACAAAGCCCCGGCCCGGGCAUCCAUCAUCCUGGCUGGUCUUGGAUUCUCUCCCAGAAUGCAACAGCAGACCACCAAGGAGUUCUCCGGCGGCUGGAGGAUGAGGUUGGCGUUGGCCAGAGCUCUGUUUGCACGGCCCGACCUGCUGCUAUUGGACGAGCCGACCAACAUGUUGGACGUCAGAGCCAUUUUGUGGCUGGAAAACUACCUGCAGACGUGGCAGUCGACCAUCUUGGUCGUCUCCCAUGACCGUAACUUCCUGAACGCCGUGGUGACAGACAUCGUCCAUCUACACUCUCAGAGGCUGGACAGUUACCGUGGCGACUACGAAAACUUUGUUAAAACCAAAGAGGACAGACUUAAGAACCAGCAGAGAGAGUACGAGGCCCAGCUGCAGUACCGACAGCACAUACAGGUGUUUAUCGACAGAUUUCGAUACAACGCGAACAGAGCAGCUCAGGUCCAGAGUAAACUGAAACUACUGGAACGACUACCUGAGCUGAAACCAAUCGAAAAAGAAACUGAAGUCACUUUAAGGUUUCCAGAUAACUUUGAGAAGUUGUCUCCUCCCAUCCUGCAGUUGGAUGAAGUGGAGUUUUAUUACAGUCCGGAUCAGCGGUUGUUCUCUGGACUCAACCUCUCGGCGGACCUCGAGUCUAGGAUCUGUAUCGUUGGAGAAAACGGUGCUGGAAAAACGACGGUCCUCAAAUUGCUGAUGGGUGAAUUGACGCCGAUCAACGGAGUCAGACAAGCCCACAGGAACUUGAAGAUCGGAUACUUCAGCCAGCACCACGUGGAUCAGCUGGACCUCAACGUCUGCUCUGUGGAGCUGCUGCUCAACAAGUUCCCCGGUCGGACGGAGGAGGAGUAUCGCCACCAGCUGGGAGGAUACGGGAUCACAGGAGAACUGGCCACCAGACCUGUGGCCAGUCUGUCUGGAGGACAGAAGAGCAGGGUGGCCUUCGCCCAGAUGACCAUGCCCUGUCCAAACUUCUACAUCUUGGACGAGCCCACGAACCACCUGGACAUGGAGACCAUCGAGGCUCUGGCUAAAGCUCUGAACAAGUUCAAAGGCGGGGUCAUCCUGGUGUCACACGAUGAGCGUCUGAUCCGGUUAGUCUGUAAGGAGCUGUGGGUCUGUGAAGCCGGGCAGGUCCACCGCGUCGACGGCGGCUUCGACGAGUACCGCGACAUCCUGCAGGAGCAGUUCAGGAAGGAGGGCUACCUGUGAGGCCACGCCCCCUCACUGUGGACAGACACAAGCCCCGCCUCUACCCCCUCAUAACAACACCCCUCCCCUCCCGUCUUCCACCCCAGCGACCAAUCGGAGCAGAGCGGACGAUGCCUCCGGCCUCUGAACUGAACUCCUGAUGUGCUGCUGGCUGACUGGUCCCGCUGGGGUCAAAGGUCACCACUGCAGAGCGACCUGUGGAGGGGAAGGCAUUGCCAUGACGACGUGGAGUUAAUUUAAAGCAUCGAGCAGCGUCUGUGUGUCGUCUGAAAACAUGAAUCUGUUGUUGUUUUCUGGGUUUACAGAGACCGGACAUCAGUCAUUAUAUAUUUACAUGAGAAUAAAAGCGCCACAUCACA